AUGUGCAUAGACAGGAAGCAGGAAAUGCAGAGAACAGUGGGAAAGCAUGGCUACACCUGUGUAAUCAUUCAUGUGGAAUCCAAAGCAAUCCUUCAAAGGAGUCCUUCAGAAAGCAAUAGUCUUUCCCAGCAUGCCUCGGCUGUGGAGCUGUAUGAGGGAGAGCUGUUUGUCCUGCUGCCCUGUGAGUUUCCCACUUUUGAACUGGACAGCCCCACAGUGGUGUGGAGUCGCUCCGACCUCAGUCCUCCAACCGUCCACCAGCUUCAAGGAGACGAACUGAAAGAUCCAAACCAGCGUUACAGCGGCCGAACAUCCAUGAAGACUGACGCUCUGGAAACUGGAGACCUCAGCCUGAACCUGACCAACCUCCACCUGUCUGACAGCGCCACCUACACCUGCUCCGUCAGAUCAUUUAGACUGAGAGAUGUCCCACUGCAGGUCAAAGAACCAUUUCCAUCCUGGGCCACAGCUCUGCUGGUUCUCCUGGCUCUCCUGGUUCUGCUGGUUCUCCUGGUUCUGCUGGUCCUCCUGGUUCUCCUGUUUCUUCUUGUUCUCCUGGUUCUGCUGGUUCUCCUGUUUCUGCUGGUUCACCUGGUUCUCCCGGUUCUGCUGGUUCUCCUGGUCCUCCUGGUUCUUCUUGUUCUCCUGGUCCUCCUGGUUCUUCUUGUUCUCCUGGUUCUGCUGCAGCACCUGUGGAGGUGGGGGCGUUCCCCGAGGCGGCCUAUCAGCCGCCAGGCUGACCUGUUAAAGGGGAUGGUGAGCGCAGAGACGGGAAGGCGACGCACGAAAGAGUGUCAGGUGGAGGAGGGGGCGGAGUCUGUCCGGCUGCCUGAGGACACUCAGGUGGAUGGUGGCACCGUCCUGAGAAGCCUGACAAACAGGAGCAGCAUCACAGAGUGA